AACCCCCAGAAAAAACGAUGGGGUUGGGGUGUAAAAUGAUUUCCUUGGAACCACCAAUCUUGUGCCGUCUCCCUCCCACAACACCAACUUCAUUUAGAACAAAAACCAUUGUCUUCUCUUCUUAUGCACCAGACAAAGGUGGAGGAGCUGUUUCCACUGGGUUGCCAAAGGCCCAUACUUACACUGCUAGCUUCAAGACCCUGGGAGCUUGCAAGCUUGGAAUUUCCUGGUAUCCCGACUUCGAGUACAAUGCCCAAGGAGGAACAGGGGCCGGGACCGGUUCAAAGGUCGCCGAUGACGCCAAUGAACUCUCAGUUGAUUUCGACAUUGAAACACUCUACAUUCCACCACUGACAAGCUCAACAACCAAGUUCCUCGGAUUGCCAUUGCCGACGUUUUUGAAAAUCGACAUUGUUCCUCAACUGUUUCAAGGGAAUAUCAACCAGGAAUCCGGCAAGGUUGACCUGGAAUUCUUGGCCAAAUUCUGCUUUUCCGUUGGGAGUGUUUAUAAAGCGCCGGCGUUGCUGGUGAAGACUGUUUUAACGUCCGAUGAAUCGAAAGGGAAGAUUAGAGGUGGGAGAGGAGAGAGGUUGGAUGAAGAAGGGAAUUGCAAAUUGGUUGGGGUGGCAUUUGUUGAGCCUAUUCAUGAUUUCUUCAUGGAUUCCUUCCUCACUUGACCUACUGAAUGCCUUGCCAAGCUCAAUGCUGUUAUCACAUUAUCUAAUUCCUGUUGAAACCAUGCGAAUUUCAUACCAGAAGAACAAUACGUUGUUGCAGUUUGUUGUUUAUGCA